AUGGAUCGUUUCCAUAUGACAACAUUUUUGUGUUCUCAAACAGAAAAUACAAUCGUAGCAUCACUUUUAGCUAGUAAAAUUUAUCAAAUUGCUGCCGAAUCUGAAAAAAAUUUUGAAAAAAAACUUGUUUAUCGAAAUCGAAAGAAAAUAUUCGAUAAACAUGCAACAAUAAUAAUGAAUCGAUGUUUUAAUAUAAAUGAAGAUUUAGCAGUUCAAAUAUUGACAUCACAUUCUGAAGUCUAUUUUGAUUAUAGUCCAUUAGAAUUGGCCGAAGAAAUUGGUAGCCAGUCAUUUUUGGGAACAAAAUGUGUACAAAAAUAUCUUGACAGACAAUGGAGCGGUGCUGUCAUACGUGAUAUAAAUUCAUCAAUAUGUAUUCGUACUCUACAGACAUGUCUAAUAAAUCCCAUAUGUUUACCUGGUCCUGGUUUUGAAUUUUUUAGAUCACCAUGCGUGCGAUUUCGAUUAAAUAUUUUAUUUACAAUUAUGUUUCUAUUCUUGUUCAGUACUGUUCUACUUCAUGAUUAUCGACCUAGCAAUGGUAAUAAAGAGAAUUUUUUUGGUAUAUCAUGGAAAGAAAUAUUUGUUCAUAUUUGCAUGAUCGGUAUUAUCGCGGAUGAAAUCUUUCAAGUAAAAUUUUUAUAUUGUACACUGAUUACAUAUUCAUGA